AAAAUAGUAAAAAAUAAUACAUUUGCAUAGUUUAAUUAAAAGCAUUGUGUUAAAGAAAAUAUUGAAAGAUAUAUUAGCAAUUUGUAAGAUUCAUUUACAUCUGUAUUGUGUAUAAUCAUUCUAACUAUGGGGGAGAAAAGGCAAAAUAGUUUAUCUAAAGAAGAAAUUGCAAAACAGUUUAUGCUGCCAGAAAGAAAAAGUAAAAUAGCUACUUUAUUAAAACAAGAUGGACAAGCUUACUGUAUUUGUAGAAGUUCUGACAGUUCACGUUUUAUGAUUGGUUGUGAUGCAUGCGAAGAAUGGUACCACGGAGAUUGUAUUAAUAUAACUGAGAAAGAUGCUAAACAUAUUAAACAAUUUUUCUGCAUUCGUUGUAAAGAAGAAGAUCCAACAUUGAUUACACGAUAUAAACCACGUAAGACAGAUCAGGAAGAUCGAAAGCAUAAAAAGUACAAGGAAAAGGAACGUUCACUUAGAUAUGAAUAUGAUGCACCUUGGGAUCCAACAUUGGUUAAAAAAUCAUCUAAACGAUGUGGAGAAUGUACAGGUUGUCUUCGUACAGAUAAUUGUGGAAAAUGUGAUGCUUGUAGACAUUUGAAAAAAUUUGGUCCUUCUGUACGAUUAAAACUUCGGUGUAUACAAAGAACUUGUAGAGUAUUGGGUGAUCCAUUGAAACCAUCUAAAAGUUUUACCAAAGGUUUAAAAUUUAAUAAAAAACGUAGAAGAGAUUCAAGUAAUGAGAGAAAUGAACAUUUGGAACCACCACGACAUUGCUAUGGUCCUGCUUGUACGAAACAAUCACGUCCAGGUAGUAAAUAUUGUUCAGACGAAUGUGGAUUAAAACUUGCAACUAAUAGAAUUUAUCAAGUAUUGCCACAACGUAUACAAGAAUGGUCGUUAACACCAUGUAUAGCUGAACAGAAUAAUAGACGAGCUUUAGAAUCAGUUAGGAAACAACAAAAUGAUGUUAGAAGAAUACUUCAGGAAUUAGAUAAAAGACAUGCAGAAUUAGAUAGAAUAGUAGAACGUGCUAAACACGCAACUAUAGAUCCACAAGCAGAAGUCGAUGAUAAUGAUGAUACGGAAAUGAGCAUGUAUUGUAUCACUUGUGGACAUGAGAUACAUUCUAGAACAGCUAUUAAACAUAUGGAAAAAUGUUUUAAUAAGUAUGAAUCGCAAGCAUCAUUUGGCUCCAUUUUUAAAACACGUAUCGAAGGACAAGUAAUGUUUUGUGAUUUUUAUAAUCCUGUUAAUAGAACUUAUUGUAAAAGAUUACGUGUACUUUGUCCUGAACAUUGUAAAGAUCCAAAGAUCAGCGAAACAGAAGUUUGCGGAUGUCCCUUGGUUACUAAUGUAUUUGAUGCAACUGGUGAAUUUUGUCGUGCUCCAAAAAAGAGUUGUGUUAAACAUUAUGUUUGGGAAAAAUUGCGUCGUGCAGAAAUAGAUAUGGAAAGAGUAAGACAAUGGUUAAAAAUUGAUGAACUCGUUGAACAAGAAAGACAAAUUAGAUCUAAUAUGGCUACUAGAGCUGGAGUAUUGGCUUUGAUGUUACAUUCUACAUACAAUCAUGAAUUAAUGGAACAAAUGACUCAAGAACAAAGUAGAGAACAAUUAGAAGCAAUGGAGGAAGAACUACAACGUAGAUACAAUUUACAUCAAAACCAAUCAAUGGAACAAGAAACAUAAUUUUUAUUUCAAUAUAUUUACUAUGUGAAUUUUAUGGUAAAUCUAAUAUUUAAGUUCUGAUGUGUAUUAUUUAUUUCUAUAUGAGCAAAUACUAUUACUCUCAUUGUACUUGAUUAAAUUAAAGGUUUUGUCUUCCA